AUUUUUUCUUCUACCCUUUCAUAUUUCCAUUUUUCAACAUCACCCUUGUCUACUUCAAUUUUUUUUAUUGUUUUUCUUUCAAAUUUCAUCAUUAUUAUUAUAAAAUCCUCACAAAUAAUUAUCUGCAUAAUCAAUUUUUUACAAAAAUAAAAUGGAAUUCGAUCUUGAGCUUGGCCUUCUACCAUCUUCUGCGUCUCUGUCUACAACGCAAUCAAGUAAUGGAGGAAAAAGUUCAAAGCAAGAACAAAUGACUAUUUUCUAUAAUGGAAGAAUCUGUGUUUGCGAUGUAACCCAAGAUCAGGCAAGAAGUAUAAUAUCUCUAGCAAGUAGGUAUAAAUCAACAGAAGGAAUGAUGUGUAGAUCACAAUAUACAGGUGGAGAUGAUGCUAAUCAUUCCAUCUCACAAACCUUACAAUCUCAAAGAUUAUGUGCUCAAAAUGGUACUCAAUCUAUGAAACGAUCGUUGCGACAAUUUCUCGAGAAAAGAAAGCACAGGGCCCAAUCCACAUUUCCUUACCAUCGAACUCCUUAAUUUCACUAAUUAGUUGGAGAGCAAAUAUCACUUUCAGAAAAAAAAUCAUGAGUUUGAUUUUCACCUAAUUAUUUUUUUUCUUCGGCCUAUUCUGUAAUCCAAAAAGUCCUACGCAUAGAUUAGUUUUUGAAUUUUGGUCCAUCCUCUUAUUUUGCCUAUCAAAAGGGUUUGUUAAUUAUGUAAUGUUGAUUACUAUAGUCUUCUUUGGUUCAUGUAAAGUUUAAUUUUGCAA